UCCUAGGCCAUCGGACCAUUUUAGGUCGUGAGUAAGAAAUGAUUGAAGUAUCUGAAGAAAUGAAAUAUCACUAAUGUAGUAUCAUUUUUGUUCAGUCAGUCAAUGCAAUCGAAUUGCGUGAAAGUAAGGAAUUUUGAUAAGUUUAACAUUGCAUUAGUGUGAGUUGUUUCGGCAACUUCCGAUUUCAAAAACAAACCUAAACUCGUUUAUAUAGUAUGUAAAGACGAAUAAACUCUAUAAUGGGAAAUAGCAAGUCAAAAGGUGGCCGAGGUGCAACGUCAAAAGUCGGAGACGAAGUCAUUAAAGAAAUUAAAAAGGAAGUAAAGAAAUGGUCGGAAACGAUUCUUGAAAUUGAGAAAAACCAAAAUGGCGAAGGGGCAAACAUAUGUGUAGGUGACUUAUCUCGCCGAAUGCGCAAAACUUCGCAGAAGAUUACUGAUUAUGUGAGCAGUUUAGAUGAGUGCCAGACAGAUGAUGCUGGCUCGCAUUCAAGCAAAAACAGGAAAGGGAAAAAUUCAAAGGAUUCGGCGAAUCAGACAAAACCUGGUAAACAAAAUGAAGGCGGAGCUUGUUCAGUUCAUGACCUUAAAGAAAACCCUUACAUAGACGAGUUGAAGGAGCAAAUAAAGACAAUACAAAAACAGGAGAAAGAAAAUAUGCGUCUUCAGGAGAACAGUUCAGGAAAAGUUUUUCCAGAGGAGUGCCAGACAGAUGAUGCUGGCUCGCAUUCAAGCAAAAACAGAAAAGGGAAACAUUCAAAGGAUUCAGCGAAUCAGACAAAACCUGGUAAACAAAAUGAAGGCGGAGCUUGUUCAGUUCAAGACCCUAAAGAAAACAUUCACACGGACGAGUUGAUUACGCAAAUGCAGACAGAACAAAAACUCCAGAAAGAAAAUAUGCGUCUUCAGGAGAACAGUUCAGGAAAAGUUUUUCCAGAGGUAAACGAAAGACAAAACAACGCAAGGCUCGUUGACAACACAGACAAGACAAUUCAGCAGCUCAAAAUGACGGAAAAUGGACUUCGGCAAGAAAAUGUAACAUUGAGUGAUAAAAUAAAAUCCCAAAAUACGACCAUUCAAACAAUUCAACAAGCCAAGAGUGAUCUCCAGGCAGAAAAUGACAUAUUAAGACAACGGUUAAGCAAAUUGGCAGGUGAUAAGCUGACAUUAGACAACCCAAACAUAACUGACCUGAGUGAAAGCAAUCGGCCGACGAAGCUUGGCGAAAUGUACAGUGAGCUGUAUGACAACGAGUGGACGGAUGCAUUUGAGAGCAUGACAGAAGAUGGUGGCUACAAAGAUGGUGAAGCAAUCAAGGCUCUCCGUAAGACAUUGGAUAGCGCCUACACGUUUUGUGAGCGAAAUUCCAACGAUUUGAUUGCCAAGAUGGAAGCGGUUGCAAAGGAGAUGUUUGAAGACAUAACAAGAAGAGAGCAAAGUCUUACCUUACCGCAUUCUCCACUUGGUCGUGCUCCUAAUUCACUGCAUGCACUUGAGGAAUAUUUCAUUGAGAGGCACUGGAAACCUAAACAACGCAAGGAAGCACAGAAGAACUGGAACAGGCAAACGCUGGUUCCACCUGCUCAUAUGGAACAAGAGUUGAAAAAAAUGAGGAAAGGUGUAUCCGUUUCAAUGGUGCCCGUUGUGCAACAGGCAUAUUUACGACACAGAUGGGACAAGGAAUGCAUUGAAUCACUGAAACCUUUCAUUAAGAAAUCUCUUUUCAUCUGCUGGAUGAUGGUAGUUCAAACUCCUCCAAUGGUUUUUGACAGUACAACCGAGCCUGAUUCGCGUUUUGACUCAUUGUUGUACAGGCAAUAUACAGCGAGUGGAGACACCAUAGAGUACGUGGUUUGGCCUGCGAUGUUCCUUCAUGAAAAAGGAUCCCUUGUUCUGAAAGGUGUUGCGCAGCCAAAGAAGCGUGUUUAGUCGACUGUUUCCAUGGACUUUUAAAGCGUCUUUGAAGUAUCCCAGACAUUGACCACCUUUGUUAUGUAUUGUUUAUGUAUCGAUAGUGGGAUAUUAUUAUAACCAGUGGGUGUCGUUUUGUAUUAGGACUUUGUGUCUGUCAUGUUUUGAUUUAUUCUCGUCCCUUCAAACAACAUCAUAGUUUUAUUUUUCUCUGUGUGUCUUGUCCCUAGGCUUCAUUGUAUCAUAACCUUUGUUUAUAAGAUAAGCAACGUGUCGCUUUGGACUCAUGUUUUGUAAAUAACUACCAUCAAAGCAUAUAUGAAAUGUUUAUAUAUACACACGCUUACUAUUACCGUUUUCGUUUCUGCAAAAUGUUUUGUGUGUGUGUGUGUGUUUGAAUUUUAAAGAAAUGGGAAUCUGU